UGCCGUCCUUUCUUGUGUGUCUUCACUGUGUCCGUGUCAGUGCGCUGCUUCACCAGCAAGGUAUGAUGGGAGGUCAGAGACUGCGAGGCGGGCGCCCCGUGUUUAAGGAAGCGCUGCAGCGGAGAACGUCACACGAAACCACGUUGCGCGCGUUUUAAGCCGUACAGAGGCAUCAAAUCAAAUCGUGGCUUUCAAUGUCCUAAAGCAACACGCAGGCCACACGAGGGACGCCGUUCGCGGGGGCUGCGGAUUAACUUCAUCCACCCGAGUUUCUUUGAAGAGAGUGUUUACAUUGUGGCCCCAUCGGAAUGCGGCUGCCGCGGCUGGGGAGUCAAACCCGCACGACCUCGUGCCGGGCAGUAGAACGCCGUGGCCACUGAACCACCGGAGGCAUGGCGCGCAUCGUCAUGAUGUAAUGUGUUUGUUGCUCGGUUGAAAUGACUGACGCAGUUUCACCUCUUUGUUCCACGUUGCCCCCCGCGACUGUCGUUCGAAGGGAGACGAAGUACGACGUCAGACUCAGCAGCCUCGCAGUGGACAAGUCUAUGCCCGGAAAAGGAGCAGACAAGUUCACCUUCGUAAUAAAAUUUUCCUCCGAUACGCAACGAGUCCUGCAGUAUCAGCCUAAUCUUUCGAUAGUAGAAGCGUUCGGCUAUUUCGGAGGAUACAUCGGUAUAUGGCUGGGAUUCUCGUUGCUAUCGGUGCUCCUUAAUCUUGAAGCGCACGUGGCCAAAAUAUUAGCCAAGCGAAUGCAGAGAGGGAAGACAGCUGACCAUGCCGUGAUGGUCUCCCGGCUGAAGCAACGCUUCUGAGGCCUUCGCACGCAGCCGACGUCGGCUCGAGGACGGCGAAACGCUGUAUCCGCACGCAUUGAUGAAGCAGCGCGCGCGCUCGCGCUUGUACGCCUCAAACGCUCGGCUGUGUGACUAGGAAGAAUGCACAUUGUGUAACAGCUGCACCGCGUGGUUUUUAUUAUUUGGCGAAACUGAACGAAUUUCUCUGAGCAAGCAAGCAGCGCUGGCUCAGGCUUCGACACCUGCUGAUACCACAUAAUAAACUGACGGAUAUGCAUGCUGAAACGUUUUACUGCGGAGUUAUGUACCGCCCAACUGACGGCCGGAAUUUUCGUAAGGCUCAAGCUACUGACAGAAAUUCCUAUCUAAAAAAAUAUAAAUAUAAAGAUAAAAAUAUAAAAAAUAUAUAAAACUGCGUGUGAGGUAAUGGCUAAUAGCUAAUAAGAUAAUAAGCUAAAAAGAUAAUCGCCCUUGGUAGUGGUAGGUGCGCCUUCGUGUGGGAAAGAGAAUAUAUACUCUUCUCACUCUCUUUGAAAUAAAGUUAGUGGCGCCUGUGACGGGUUCUGUGGCUCUUCUGUGCAAUUGUGCCUUCGCGGUAUAUGAUGUCGGUAAAACGAGACAGCUUUCUUACAAUAUUGUGGAUGGCUGCUUUUGAAAUGAAAGUAUUGUUUGUGGUCUGUUGGCUGUUUAUAUAAGGUCAUGAAUAUUCGAUUAUCUGUAAUUUGUACAGCAAUAUCAAGAAAGUUUAGAGCUGAUUUAUAUCAGCUGUGUGUGAAAGAGAUUGAUGGAUGAGCUUAAUUAAUAUGUCCUACGAAUCUAACGAGAAUUCCUUCGCUGUGGUGCCACAUAAGGAGUAUGUUGCUUAAGGACUUUUUGUAGA